CUUAACUCACAUUAACAAGUUUAAGCACUCAUAUAAACACCGCUUUCCAUGCUUUCAACAAGGUGACAAGCUGCAGCUCUCAUGCUACGACAAUGAUGAGCUAGAGAGAUAUGGCAGCGAAUAUGGGGCAUGCGAAGCUGCGGACUCAGCUGUGGUCAUCGGCCAUCCCUUUUUUCACAGCGAAAUCGCGUCCGCCAGUGCCGGUAUCAUCGCAUCCUCACAUUAGGGGGUUUGCAACUUCACACCGAACAAAUGUUCAUUCCAGGCCGACGGCAUCACGAACAGCGACUACACAGCAUGGGGGACGACAAAGUAUUUCCUCCCGAGGAAUACUGGGAAACCAAACCGCUACCAGCGGACCGGAUAAUGCACGCGCAGGCGCGUUAGGAAGGCCGGCUUUUAUAGCCAAAGGGACCGGACAUAAGCAGACCUCACUCUUGGCUGGGAACCUAUGGAGGAGACACAUACACCAGCAAAUUCCGAGGAUACCAGACAAAGCCUGGGCGAGCGAGAAAACAACGAUAAUACCGCCGAACACUGCGAAACGACUAAAGAGCACGAAACCAGAAGGCGAUAAGGAAGACGCUGCAAAGAAGUCGACCGCGCCACACACGAAGCCAGAAGGCACUCCUGAAGAUGCGGGGAACCACUCAUAUUUCCACCUUCCGCACCUUCCCAAGAUGCCGCAUCGACCAACGAAGGAGGAGUUGCUGGCUGCUGCGACGGGCUUCUGGUCGAGGUUACAGAUUCGGUUCAAGUGGUUUUCCAUUAGAAGCUCACGGCCUUGGAAUGUGGAUGACUGGAGCGCAUUUGUUUCUUGGUUCGUUCUGGGGCAUAUCGUCUGGAUCUUAGUCGGAACAACUACAUUCGUUUCACUUCUCAUUUUGGCUAUUAAUACAGUUGUUGCUCAAGAAACACUUGCUCGAUGGGUUGGUGAUUACUUGACCCAGUCAACGGGCGUGAAGGUUGUUUUCGAAAGCGCUGUUGUGCCAAAAUGGAGGAACGGCGUCAUAUCAUUUGCAAACGUCUUUGUCUCCAGACGACCGGGUCAGGGACCGAGCAAAGUUAGCAAGGGUUCAUCCCUAACAGCUGCUGCUGCGGCUGCAGCAAAGCGACAGGCAGACCAAGAUGGCUCUGCGGAGCCAGAGGAAUUAGAAGAUGAUGGGAACUACACCCAAUUCGACGUUACUCUCGACGCGGUGAAUGUCACACUGUCCUUUGCCAAGUGGUGGAAUGGCAAAGGCCUCUUGAAGGAUGUUGAGAUUAAAGGGGUCCGAGGAGUUCUCGACAGGACACAUGUGGUUUGGCCUGAUGAAUAUGUCGACCCCAGAUUGUAUAAACAUGUGCACCAGGUUGGAGACUUUGAGAUUGAAAAUUUUAAGAUGGAAGAUCUGCUGCUUACAAUACACCAACCGAAAGGAUUCCGUCCAUACUCCGUCAGCGUGUACACCUGCGAGUUACCCCAGCUGCGCAAACAGUGGCUGUUCUACGACUUCCUCUCCGCUAACCAAAUGUCCGGCUCAUUCGAUGGAUCUCUCUUCAACAUCCACCCCCACCAAAGCCACAGCCCAGGACACAACACCGAAUACGGCAACCCAGACGUAUGGAAGAAGCACAGCCGCAUGCGCAUCGACGGUCUCAAAAUCGACCACCUAAACCGUGGCGUCGAGGGCCUCUUCGGCUGGAUCUACGAAGGCAACGUCGACAUCGUAGCCGACAUCAUGUUCCCCGCCGACAGCGACGAGUCGAUCGGUAAAGUCAUGUCCGACCUCUACGACCGCCUCGAAGCAACCGUCACCUCCAACCGCUACCGCAACUUCCUCGAGAACAACCCCUACACCGCCGACCUCGACACUCCCGAGCAGCGCGCCGCUUUCGAGGCCCAAAACGCAAUCGAUCACGACAAGCGCUUCCUGAUCAUGGACAUGAAAGUCCACCUAAACGAUGUACGCGCCGCCGUCCCGCUCUUCACCCGCGAUCUGAGUUACAUCAACCAGGCCCUCAUCCGGCCCAUCGUCGCGUACAUCAAUUCCCGGAAGACGUUCAUUCCAAUUAACUGCCGCAUCGUCAAGAAGUCGCAUGAGUUUGACGGAUCGUGGACGAUCUAUGAUUGUGGGUUGAUGGAGGACUUGUCAGGGGAGACGUAUGAUGCGUUUGCGAAGGACGUGACGGAUAGCCAGGCGCGUAUGCGCAGGUUCAAGAAGGUGGGGAUCUGGAGUAUUAGUUUGGCGCUGCAGGCGCUGUUUAUGACGAUGAGUGGGAGCGUGGCCUAGAUCGUUGGAUGGGCGUUUUAUUCUACUGGAGGAGCGGGAAUUAGGGGGUUGUGAGAACGAUAACGACUUAUAAUUGUGCGAUAGGGGGGAUGUAUAGAAGGGUUUGUAAGUAUAUAUAGGGGGAAGGGCAGAUGGGGAUAUUGGGAUUGGGAAACACCGGCGCUUGCUUAUAGCGGGGUGGUUAUGGGUUUUGGAUUUGUAAAGCGUGGCAUACAUACAAGGCGUUUAGAGGGAAACUCCAGGGCACCCUAGGUUGUAAAAGUAAACAGAAUCUCACUGUAAUGAAUGAUAUCAAGAUGGAGC